AAAAGUUACUGUUCUGUGAUUGGCAUGACUGUUUUGUGGAAUGUGGAACCAGGCGGUAUUGGCGGAUUUAAAAUGUCAUUUUAAAAUUUUAGGAGGCUAUUUUUUUUGAGUUAACCUGUUGCUAACCAUUGCUAACCUCACUUCGAUUUUAAUAACUUUCUUAACCAUUUUCUUAACUAUUAGUUUUCUGUGUAAUAAACAAUUCUUCGUAAUCUCCAUAAUUUAGAAGAAUCAAUAAUGAGACGAAGUUUUGCACCAAGUCAAAAAAUAAAAAGGCAGGAGCCUACGCAACACAACAGUUCAAUAUUUAUCACUUGUACAAAACGCACUCGUGAUCAUUCAACAGAGAAAACAUCAAAAGUACGAAAACCUCUGAUUGAAAUUAACACAGUCUACAUAACAGAUCACGAGCAAAUUAUUAAAAAGUUAUCACAACCAUUCAAAUGUCCGCUACCAAAUUAUGAAGGUUGUAAUUCAACAAGGAAUCUAGGAAUAAGAAGAACUAAAGUUAGAAGAGCUCUUUAUGACCCCAAUACACCAAAUGCUUUAGUGUUAUAUUCACCUCCAGAGAUUUCGGAACAUGAAAAAAUGAAAGGCGAUGGCCCUGCUUUAGUUCAUGUUGUUGUCGAUCCUACUUUGAGCAACAUCUUAAGGCCUCAUCAGAGGGAGGGCGUCAAAUUCAUGUACAACUGUGUGACUGGUGUACAAAUCCCCGAUUCUUAUGGUUGUAUAAUGGCAGAUGAAAUGGGUUUGGGUAAAACUCUCCAAUGCAUCACACUACUAUGGACCUUAGUACGUCAGGGUCCAGAAUGUAAGCCAACAAUUGACAAAGGAAUAAUUGUGUGCCCCAGCUCGUUGGUUCGUAACUGGAGCAAUGAAAUAGAUAAAUGGCUCAAGGGUCGUUUAAACUCAUUAAUAAUGGAUGGCGGUCCUGACGCAAAAAAGAAACUAACCCAAUUUAUGCAAGGACAGGGACGUACUGCCAUUCCUGUUUUAAUCAUUUCAUAUGAAACAUUUCGAAUGCACGCGGACAUAUUGCAUGCUGGCGAAAUCGGCCUGGUGUUAUGCGACGAAGGCCACCGUCUGAAAAACUGUGAAAAUCAAACAUACAGAGCUUUGAUGGGAUUAAGAGCAAAACGCCGGGUGUUGCUCAGUGGGACACCUAUACAAAAUGAUCUGCUUGAAUAUUUCAGUUUGAUACAUUUUGUUAAUGAAGGUUUGUUGGGAAGUGCUCACGAGUUCAAAAGAAAAUUCGAAAAUCACAUAUUGAGAGGUCAAGAUUCCACAGCCACCGAUUUGGAAAGAAAGCGGGCUCUCGAUUGCUUACAGGAACUUUCGAAUUUAGUCAACAGAUGUCUAAUCAGACGAACCUCUAGUCUGCUCACGAAAUAUCUGCCCGUCAAGUUCGAGAUGAUCGUGGUUUGUCAGCUGACUCCCUUACAGAGGCAGUUAUACUUAAACUACAUAAACUCAGAGAGUGUCCGAAAAACCGUCUGCGAUAACGUUGAAGUUAAAGCGUCGCUAAGCAGUCUAGCUAGCAUUACCACCCUGAAGAAGUUGUGCAAUCAUCCCGACUUGGUCUGGGACAAGAUCAAAGAAGAGAGCGAAGGCUUCGAAAAUUCCCUCCAGCUUUUGCCCGCAGGUUAUAACGACAAAGACGUCAUGCCAGAACUAUCCGGCAAACUUAUGCUUCUCGAUUGUUUUUUGGCAAAUUUGAAAACCAACUACGACGAUAAAAUCGUCUUGGUUUCUAAUUAUACUCAAACACUCGAUUUAUUCGAGAAAUUGUGUAGGAAACGCGGGUAUAUGUAUGUUCGUCUUGAUGGUACAAUGAGUAUAAAGAAGAGAGCCAAAGUAGUGGCUAAUUUCAACAGUCCCGAUUCGAGAGAGUUUAUAUUUAUGUUGAGUUCAAAAGCUGGCGGAUGCGGUUUGAACUUGAUUGGUGCUAAUAGGUUAAUCAUGUUUGAUCCGGACUGGAAUCCAGCCAAUGACGAUCAAGCGAUGGCGAGAGUUUGGAGAGAUGGUCAACAGAAACCCUGUUACGUAUACAGAUUUUUAACGGCUGGUACCAUUGAAGAGAAGAUAUUCCAAAGACAGGCUCACAAAAAGGCACUCAGUUCCACGGUUGUUGAUAAUAAUGAAGAAACGGCUCGGCAUUUUAGUGCUGCCGAAUUAAGGGAUUUAUUCAAGUUAGAAGAAACGGAUUCCGAUACUCAUCAAAGAUUAAGAUGCAAACGCUGUUUGAAUAAAAUUCAAAUAAAAAAUCCGCCAGAAGAAGCUGACUGUACUUCAGACUUGGCAAAUUGGUACCACUGUUGGGACAAAAAGGGAUUGGCCGAUAUGGUUCUUAAGCAAAUUUGGGACGUUUCGAAAUACAUUUCCUUUGUUUUCCAUCAAAAAUCGGCCAGCCAGGAAGUCAAGAUGUCCAAGAUAGAGGAACAAGAGGAGGACCCUGAUUACGACGAAAACAAUGACGACUGUGAUGAUUAUUCCGAUUAAAUUAACACCCUUGUAAUUUUAAUAUUAUUUUUGUAAAUGAAUCGCAGCGAAAUAAAA